AUGUCCGAGUACGCCCUCUCCGACCCUCCCACGGACGGCGUCACCGCCGUCCGCUUCGGCCCAACUGGCGACAGCCUAGCCGUCACGAGCUGGGACGCGGCGCUGCGGCUGUACGACGUGGCCACGGCCGACGUGGUAGUCCGGCUGCCGCAGCCGGCGCCGCUGCUCGAUGUCGACUUUGUCGACGCGGGCAGCGUGCUGAGCGGCGCAACGGACGGCGGGCUGCGGCUGCACGGGCUUGAGACGGGCGUGGAGCGCGUGCUCGGCUGGCACGCCUCUGGCGUCCGUUGCGUUCGCUUCUGCGGUGCGGUCGGCGCUGGCGUGAGCGGCAGCUGGGACCGCUCGCUCAAGCUGUGGGACGUGCGGACGGCGGAGGCGUGCGUCGGCACCUAUGCCCAGCCGGACAAGGUGUUUGCGCUCUGCGUCGGCGCGCCAGGCGCCCCUCCGCCGCCCGCGCCGCUCGUGGUGGUCGCGACGGCGGCGCGGCACGUCCACCUCCUCGACCUGCGCCGGCCUUCCGAGCCGCUCCAGCGGCGCGAGUCGGCGCUCAAGUGUCAGACGCGGGCCGUGGCGCAGAUGCCGGGCGGGCUCGGCUACGCACUCGGGUCCGUCGAGGGUCGCGUCGCCGUCGAGUACGUCGACCCGAGCGCCGAGGCGCAGGCGCGCAAGUACGCCUUCAAGUGCCACCGGACGGUGGUCGACGGCGUCGGCACCGCCUUCCCCGUCAACGCCAUCUGCUACCACCCGAGGCACGGCACCUUUGCGACGGGCGGCUGCGACGGGCAUGUCAACGUCUGGGACGGCGCCAACAAGAAGCGACUCUGCCAGCUCCCGAGGAAGCCAACGUCGGUCGCGGCCCUCGCCUUUUCCGCCGACGGCAGCCGGCUCGCCGUGGCGGCGUCGUACACGUACGAGAUGGGGGAGCGGGAGCGCGCGCCGGACGCGGUCUACGUGCGCACGGUGGCGGAGGCGGAGGUCAAGCCAAAGGCGAAACGCGGCGAUUCCUGA